AUGAGCAAUGCGGGGCGCACAGUCCUCAAGGGGGCGAAGACCCCCCACUGGGGUUGUGGGCAAUGCGGGCGAGCAUCCAACUGGGCCUCCAGGAUCCAGUGUGCGUGUGGAGCCGCAGCACCGAGAACGAUUGUGGACAAAGCGAGGGCUGCAGACAAGGUUGCCGAUGGGGGUGCGGGUGGGGGCGGGAAAGGCCAGCCACCACCAGGCCCGUGGGCAGCUAAGUAUGAGGCCCAAGCAAAGCAGAUUGUAGCACUCACUUCCAAGCUCGACAAGCUGGCCAAGAAUGGGCCCUCGCCAGGCGGGGGCUCGCAGGCGGGGCCUAAGGCUGGAGAUCCGAAGGAGGUCGAGGCUGAGAAGUGUCGGGAGCGGAUCGAGAUGCUGCGCCAGACGAUUCCGAACCUGGAUGCGGAGCGGGAUAAGGAGUUCAUUGAGGGGCUGCAAACAAAGAUCAAGCAGACCCGUGAGCAGCUCCAGCGGCUCAAGCCCCAGAUCACCCAGCACACGAACGCGGGCCACCUGCUGGCGGAGCUGGAGCGGAAGAGGGCGGCCGCUCUCCAGAAGAAGAAGGAGCAGGAGGACAUCAUCGCGGCUGCGCAGUCGGAGAUGGGCAAGCAGGACGAAAUCGUCACCAAGCUUGAGGUUGAGAUCGUGGAGGCCAAGCGGGCGCUGGCGAGCACGAUCCCGGACGACGUUUUCUUCGAUUGCGACGAGGCGGAGUUUGUGGACGACCAAGAGGUCAAGGACAUGUUCGCGUCGGCAGCAUGGAAGUGGUACCACGACAAGGCCGCUGACGAGUGUGAAGAACCUGCUGACAAGGACGUGGACACCCUGUGGCAGGCAACCAAGGGCGAUAAUCGGAACUUGUUGGAGCAGCUGCGCGCCAUGGGGUACAAGCGGCCCAAGCGGGGUGACAGCGACAUCGGGGACGUGAGGAAGCAGAAGGGGGUGCCUGAUUUUCGUUUCUACUUUGCUAACAUCACCAGCUAUGGCGACAAGGCCAAGGACCAGAUCAAGGCCUGGUCACGGGCACAUGCGCUCAAGGAGCCGUCUAUUUCCUGCAGUACGGGGAAACACCUGAGCGAGCCUGAUGGGUUUGAGGAGCGGGCGCCGCACCUCGUCGGUUUCGUGGAACACCACAUGAUGGGGCCCAAGCUCACAGAGGUGAAGAAGGGGCUCCGCAGACAGGGAUGGCGGGGGGAUUUCGUGCGAGCCCAGCCUACGAUCAACGGUGGCCGUCGGGGGCAUGGAGGCGUCGCAGUGUUUAGCCGCACCCACCUGCACACCACUGUGCCCGCGACGGAGGAGAAGCUCAUGUUCCCAGAAGUGCUACCGCCGCUACAGAGUCAAUGGGCGGUGCAGUGGGUGCGGUUUCAAUCUGUCGAUAUCGCCUUCGCGACGGCCUACUUUGUGGUAG